GCGGCUUUUUCGGUGGAGCGAGCGGCCUGGAAGGGAAGGCGAGACGCGCCUCUCCCUUAAGCCUCGCUGCACAAAUGGAGCUAACCUACCAAACGCUGAAAACGACUUAUCAGGCCAAAGAGGCGGAAGAGAUGCGAUCAGAAGCCCGCCGAAAAAACCUUCUCAUUCUGAUUUUACAUUAUUUAACCGAGGAAGGGUACGUGGACACUGCCCACACGCUCGAACAAGAGACAAAGCUGGGCUUGCGCGGCUUCCAAGUGUGCGACAACGUCGAUCUGGAGACUAUCCUGAUGGAAUACGAAAGCUACUAUUAUGUGAAAUUCCAGAAGUACCCAAAGAUUACCAAAAAAGCCUUAGAUGCUGUGGACAAUAAAUCAAGCAAAGGGGGCAAGAUAAAACGGGCAGUCAGCAGCACGUACCGCAACCUUCCAAAGAUCAGCCAACAACAGGCCGUGCAGAGAUCGGUAUCAAAAUCUUCAUCGCACCGGGGGGCUGAAACCAAGCUCUCUAGCAAGGAGAGCCCGAAACAGGAGAACGAAGGCGUUUUAGCCCCGGUGUCAUCUGACUUUGGUUUAAGCGUGUCUGCAAUCCACAAAGGCGGCGGCGGUGAAGGCACCCAUCCGAGAAGGGGCCAAAUCAUCGAUUUCCGUGGGAUGAUCCAAGACGCAAUCAAAGGAGCAUCGAGCGAAAUUGCGUUGCACAACCUGAACUGCAACCCUGACCCUUCGGAACGGUUGUUAAAACCUCUCGGGGCCUUUGUCGGGAUGACGGGUGAGAUGCGAGAACUCGCUACAGUCGUAAGCCGGGAUAUUUACCUUCAUAACCCAAACGUCAAGUGGGGUGACAUCAUCGGACUUGAUACAGCCAAGCAGUUAGUGAAGGAAGCCGUCGUGUACCCCAUCAGGUAUCCACAGCUGUUCACGGGCAUCCUCUCUCCAUGGAAAGGGCUGCUCCUGUACGGGCCUCCAGGUACUGGGAAAACACUGCUCGCCAAGGCAGUUGCUACUGAAUGCAACACAACCUUCUUUAACAUCUCUGCUUCCACCAUUGUCAGCAAAUGGAGGGGUGAUUCGGAAAAGCUAGUCAGGGUGCUCUUUGAACUUGCCCGUUAUCAUGCUCCCUCCACGAUCUUCCUGGAUGAGCUGGAGUCAGUCAUGAGUCAACGAGGCAUCUCUCCGGGCGGUGAACACGAAGGAAGCCUGCGGAUGAAAACGGAAUUAUUGGUGCAGAUGGACGGCUUGGCCCGAUCGGAUGAUCUUGUCUUUGUUUUAGCAGCUUCCAACCUGCCCUGGGAACUGGACUGUGCCAUGCUGCGCCGGCUAGAGAAGAGGAUUCUGGUCGACCUGCCCAGCAGAGAGGCGAGGGAGGUGAUGGUCCAGCACUGGCUGCCUCCUGUCAGCAACAGCGUGGGAGUGGAGCUGAGGACGGACCUGGACUACGCCUCUCUCAGUCAGGAGAUGGAAGGCUACUCUGGCUCUGACGUUAAGCUGGUCUGCAAGGAAGCAGCCAUGCGCCCCGUCAGGAAGAUUUUCAGUGCCCUAGAAAACCAUCAGCCAGAUGGUGGGAAUUUACCCCCAAUCCGCCUGGACACCGUCACCACAGAGGACUUCCUGGACGUGAUUGCUCACACCAAGCCCUCUGCGAAGAAUCUGAGCCAAAAAUACACCGCCUGGCAAAGGGAAUUUGAGUCCGCCUGAGUAGGAUUUGAACUUCGGAACCUCCACCAAAGGCUUCCACCAUCCACAAAGAACGAGUCUCUGCUGGAGUUCAACUACAAGAGGUUGGAUACGUUACAGUGUAAACAUGCUGUUUGAAAGCAAGGCAUGUUGGGAAAGUGGAAUGGGCCAACCCCUUUUCGAAGGUUAGUUUUUGACGCCGGAAGAGUGCUGCUAAUUGUGUUCUACAGAACCUCAAGUUGGCUACUCUUUUUUGAAAUAACGGUUUUCACCUAAAGCCAGCUGUCGAUGUUAACACGUCACCCAGCUACUGUCUAGCACUGAACUAGGACUGGAAUUCAUCAGUGGGAGUCGCCCUCCUUACAACAACGCUACACAUCUUUCUUGGGGAAGAGAAGGAGCUUUGGGAGCCAGAUGUAACUGAUGUUCUGUGAGACUUCUCAGGGAUUCUUAUAUUAAACCAGCAGAUUUCAAUCAGAGCGGAUAAAAAAAAAAGAAUAAACUUUUUUUGGUCUUCUC